GGCAGGAGGCGGGCAGCGUCCCCGGCUCCUCGUCGGCGAGGAAGAGUUUGCCGGCUCCCGAGGCCGGCCUCCUGCGCGGCUGGAGCAGCGGCGGCCGCUGCCGCAGCGGCACCGGCAGGCACCGGAAAAGCGGCGGCAUCCAGCUCGGCGGCACCGGCACCAGCACCGGCGGCAGUUCCCGCGCCCAGGUGGCCACCGCGGACAGCAGCAGCAGCAGUAGCGGCGGCGGUGGCGGCGGCGGCUGGGGCUUCCCCGCCGCGCUCCCGCAGCACCGGCACCCCAGAAAAAACUGCUUAGACAAUCUAAUGGAUGAAGAUGAGAAAGACAGAGCAAAGAGGGCUUCACGUAACAAGUCUGAGAAGAAGAGGCGUGAUCAGUUCAAUGUUCUCAUCAAAGAGCUCAGCUCCAUGCUUCCAGGCAACACUCGCAAAAUGGACAAAACUACUGUGCUGGAAAAAGUCAUUGGCUUUCUGCAGAAACACAAUGAAGUCUCRGCACAGACGGAGAUUUCUGAAAUUCAGCAGGACUGGAAGCCUUCAUUUCUCAGCAAUGAAGAAUUCACCCAGCUGAUGUUGGAGGCAUUAGAUGGCUUCAUUAUAGCAGUAACCACAGGUGGAAGCAUCAUCUAUGUGUCUGACAGCAUCACACCUCUUCUAGGGCAUUUACCGUGUGAUGUCUUGGAUCAGAAUUUGUUAAACUUCCUCCCAGAACAAGAGCAUUCAGAAAUUUAUAAGAUGUUAUCUUCUUGUAUGCUUAUGACAGAUUCUGCCUCAUCGGAUUACCUAAAAACUGACAAUGAACUAGAGUUUUAUUGUCAUCUUCUGAGAGGAAGUUUGAACCCAAAGGAAUUUCCAACAUAUGAAUACAUAAAAUUUGUAGGAAAUUUUCGGUCUUACAGCAAUGUGCCUAACUCCACUUGCAAUGGCUUUGAUGAGGCUGUCCCAAGGGCUUACAGAACAUCCCCAGGAAAGCAGAUCUGCUUUGUUGCGACUGUUCGCUUGGCAACGCCUCAGUUUUUAAAGGAGAUGUGCAUCGUAGAAGAACCUCUAGAGGAAUUCACAUCAAGACACAGUCUGGAGUGGAAAUUUUUAUUUCUGGAUCACAGAGCACCGCCGAUUAUYGGAUAUUUGCCUUUUGAAGUGCUGGGUACUUCUGGCUACGACUAUUACCACAUAGAUGACCUGGAGCUGCUAGCAAGGUGCCAUGAACACUUGAUGCAGUUUGGCAAGGGAAAGUCGUGCUGCUAUCGGUUUCUGACCAAAGGACAGCAGUGGAUCUGGCUCCAGACCCACUACUACAUCACCUACCACCAGUGGAACUCCAAGCCAGAGUUCAUUGUGUGCACACACAUGGUGGUAAGUUAUGCAGAUGUUCGGGUGGAGAGGAGACAGGAGAUGGGCUUGGAAGAAGUGUCYUCAGAGGUUGUGUCCUCAGCACUAAAGGACAGUGGCACCAGCUUGGAUCCUGAACAGCACUUUAAUGCACUUGAUAUUGGUGCCUCAAUCCUCAGCGCUAGUCGAACACCCUCAGUGUCAUCCAGGAGCUCACCAAAAUCUUCCCACACACCCAAGUCAGAUCCAGCAUCUACACCAACAAAGCUGAUUACAGAGUCUACCACUCCCUUGCCAAGAACACCAAGCACACAGCAGGAUUUAUCGGUGCAUAGACUCAGCCAACCUACAGCUCUUCAGGUUUCUUUGCCUUCUCAGCCUCCAUGUGAGCUUCUCCCACAGCAGUUGCUGCCUCAAGCAACUCUGCAAAAUCAGCCUGCACCUCUGGCACAGUUCUCGGCACAGUUCAGCAUGUUCCAGACCAUCAAGGACCAGCUAGAGCAGCGGACACGGAUCCUGCAGGCCAACAUCCGGUGGCAGCAGGAGGAGCUCCAGAAGAUACAGGAGCAGCUCUGCCUGGUCCAAGACUCCAGUGUACAGAUGUUCUUACAGCAGCCAACAGUAUCCCUGAGCUUUAGCAAUACUCAGCAGCUGGACCCACAACAGCUACAGCAGAGGUCAGGGGCCAUUUCUCAGCAGCAGCUUGUCCCCAGUCCUCAACUUCAAGGGCAAAUCACAUCUUCACAAACAACGAACCAGCAGUCACUGAGAGAUGCAAGCGUGGUAUCGAGCCAGGUAAUCAUUUCUUUGAAUAGAGAAGCGUUUAGAUGGAAAGGAGACACUGAGCUGCUAUUAAGCAAGCAAGUGAAAUCAUGUCAGUUCUGUAACUGUGCCUUUGCCUUCCCCUUCUUAUCCCUCUGUAUAAGGGCACCCAAUAUAAAGGGCUUCCCUACAGCAUUUACCUUAGCUAUAACAAUGAUGAUAAAAGAUAUGAUUUGUUMGGUGGAUGUCAGACACCCACCGCAGAGGGCAGGCGCUGCCCCAGUCUCCGCCUCGCAGCGCCYGGGAUGUGCCUGCCACAGCCAGCAGCUGGGUCAGACCCGCUCACACUCAGCCUGGUGCCGUGCCUGCAAAAAUGCCAUSUUUCUCUUUCCACGAUGUGGGAUUUGUAUGGUUCUUCUGUUCCAGCAAUGUCACUUUUUUUUUUUCCUCCCAUGUGCCAGACUGUUGCUUAGCCAGCCUAUUCAGCCCAUGAUGCCUGGAUCCUGUAAUGCAAGACACCCUUCAGACCUCAGCAUGGCGGGAUCCCAGGCUAAGUAUUCUCAAACCCAACAAAUGUUUCAAAGUUUGSAAGUGCAGACUUCCAGCAGCAGCUCUCCAAUCGUACUGAUGGGACAAGCAGUGUUAAACCAAGGGUUUGCCACUACCCCUCCUUCCCAACCAUCCUCUUUGCCACCUAUGCAACUCCAGCACCAACAGCAUCAGCAACAACGCUACCUGCAGGUGCAAACACCAAGUUCUUUGCACAAUGAACAACCCGAUUCUUUGCUCCUGCCAUCUUACUCACCACAGCAAGGAAAUAUGGGGUAUCAUCAGACACAGCAGCAGCAGCAGCAACAGCAACAACAACAACUAACAUCAAGAAGAAGGAAUAGUUUAUCAGAAUCAUCAAAUUUACCACAGCCACUGCGAUAGAGUCCCACCAGCACAAUCAAUGCACGAUUAGCUUUAACCAAGGGGCACAUGGGGCAGAAGAGAAUGACUUUGUACUUMCUGUUCUGGCUUUUGCACAAGCAUUUCUUUCCAAGCUCUGUGACAGAAGUACACCCAGAGUGCAGACUGCCACAGACAGUGCAUUCACGGCACGCUGGCUUCCGUUUGCGCUGUCUCAUGAACACAGGAUGUACUGACAGAGCAAAAUGAAAAGGAGCACUAUCCUGUGCAGCCUCCAUCACCACUGGGUGUAUGGGAAGAGGCGUCCAAUCCCGGCGUGUCACUCUGGAAGCCAUCUGGCAAUUCCAAAAGACCGUCGAGAGACUCAUGAGGUACUUGGCCUUCACUGUUUCAGUUCUUCUUUUGUGUACGAAAAGCACUGCGUCAAAGGUCUAUCGAGGAGAGAACAAGAGAUUAUUUUUAUUAUGAUUAUUGUUAUUAUUUUGCACAACUGCACAGAGGACAAAACCUAGGCACUUUCUGUAAAGAGAAGUUUGUUUCUUUAUUCUUGUGGCCAAAUUAGCACACCCAAUGGAGGCCCAGCCAUUGGUGAAUAUGGUCUACAGUUCAUAACCCUUGAUUUAGAAUCUGAAAAGUAUUAUGCAGCUUACCCUAACUGUUCUUCAUUAUUAAAAACCAACCAACCAAAAAAACAAACACAAAACCCACACUGGACUGUUUGCUACAUGAAUUGUGAUUGCAAAGGACAACUCAAAUUGUAAGCACAAUCAUGCAACUCUCCAAUAGUACAACAUGAAUCCUUCUUCAACCUAAACUCACCCACUCCAAGUCUCUGAGAAAUAUGCACUGUGUUUUGGCCCACUGACUCGGGAUGCUGCAGACUAUUACAUAUCUCUUUCAUUAUAACAUUUAGGAUUCAAUUUUCCUUUGGAGGAAAAGAAAAAGAAAAUGCACUUUUCGCUUUUUUUGUAUGUUUUCCGUUGAUAUGUUUCUAAGAAAGAUUUUAUGUAAUUAUUAAAUAAAAAGUAGUGUAUUGUACAGCUGUUGUAAUAAUGACCUAUUUCUAUAUAAAAUAAAAUUAUAUGGAAUUAUGUGGAAAUUAUUUUGUAUAUGAAAUAUCGACUCAUUUCACAAGUAUAAAGGUUGUGCUUGUGCUUUUUUGUGAGUGGGUAUUUUGUAAUAAACUAAUUAAUUAGAAAUGUUUUUGUGAAGGGAACUACUGUUUCAUGAUAUAUACAACUCAAACUAUUAUUUUUUUCCAUUUAAUGAUGGA